CAGCAGAUGUAAUUUAAGGGAGGAGAAGGUUGCUGUUGGUUCAUUUUGCAGCAGAGCAGCAACGACAGCAGAAUGGCUUUUUUUUUGCGUCUAUUUGGGUUUGGGCCCCCAGAACAAACUGAAGAGGAAAGGAUUAAGGCAAAACUUGCUGCUCAAAAGGCACAGUCUCCAACUCUGGAUGAACCGUGGAGGGAACUAGACUGGGGAGAAAAACAGAAGAACCUUAAAUAUGUGCAGGAAUACAAACCAGAACAAGAUGACAUCAGGUACCUCCGGGUCCUCCUUUACGGACCCGUCGGAGCUGGGAAGUCCAGUUUCAUCAACUCUGUCAGUAGCGUCCUCAGAGGUCGGAUGACAACUCCUGCUUUGGCCAGCGCGACCACGUCUGAUAAAAGCUUCACCAAAAAGCAUGAAACUCAUAAAUUCAAUAAAGGACGAGGAAGUGCAAAGACAUUUUACCCUCUGGUCUUCAACGACUUCAUGGGACUGGAAGAUGGAACCAACAGGGGAGUUCAUGCUGACGACAUCAAACUGGCUUUGAGAGGUCAUCUGAAGGAAGGUUAUGAGUUCAACCAAGUUGCUCCAAUAUCUCAGGAUGACCCAGGCUACAACCCGACCCCCUCUGCUGAUGACAGAGUUCAUGUCCUGGUCUGUGUGAUGUCUGCCAACACUCCACAGAUGAAUUCAUCAGUUCUGGAGAAGAUGAAGAGCGUCAGAGAUACAGCCAGAGACCUGGGAAUUCCUCAAAUGUUAAUGAUGACACGUAUAGAUGAAGCCUGCUGUGAAACUGACAAAGACUUAAGGAUUGUCUACAAGAGCAAGUACCUGAGAAAAAAGAUGAAAGACUUCAGCUCAGCAGUGGGAAUCCCAGUGAACUGCAUCUUUCCUGUGAAGAACUACAGUGAAGAAAUCGACAUGAACGAUGACAUUGAUACUCUGAUCCUGAGCGCUCUGAGGAAUAUGAUCAACUCUGGAGACGACUUCAUUGAGAAGGUUAAAACUGAUAUAUAGAGAAAACAGUGAGGUGCAGCAGCUUUAGGAGAGAGAAUGUUGAUGGUGUUGCAAUGAUGCAAUUUAAUGUCAUUAAAACGCAAUGUAGGACAAAUUUGAAUCUUGAACAUUUAUCUUAAAUCAGAGCUAAAUCUGUUGUAUGUUUCUGGUGCUUGUUUUUUUAUGUAAAAGGUUCUGCUAUAUAAUUGUUUUUCAUAUGAAUGUGAUAUUUUCCUGAUGUGCUUCAUCUGUUUUUUAUACAUAUAGGUUAUACAAAUAAACCUGCUUUGCCUUUUCUCAUCAAUCUUGCAUUACAAUAGUAGUUGCCAUGCAAUAUGAUACAGUGUUAAGCAUAUUUAAACUAUUGGGUGUGAUUUUGAUGUAAAAGGAACAACUGGGAUGAUUUUUGAUUUAAGACGAAAACGCAAUGUUCGAUCAGAAGUUUGAAUAAAUUCCACAAAUCUUA